UUAGACAACUUUUGCCCCCUUUCCUUUGCGUUUGACUCCGGUCUUGUACGGACAACCAACUCACCGCCAAAUCAAAUCCUAUGUUUAUGUGAAUGUGUAACGUUGAUGACAUGUAUGUUAGUUACAAUAUCCAGACUCUGAAAGAACCCACCUUCAAUUUCGCUGAUCCCCUCUUCCUUUUCUUUUCUUCAGCCAUCUUUCAAUCCAACACCUCCCUUCUUUUUUCUCUUUUUAUAAUUUUAAUUUCUUGGCUUCUUUCAUUCUCUGAAUCAAUCGCCCAUUCUCCAUGCCUAAGAGAGUUCUUUGCAAGUUCUUUGCUCAUGGAGCGUGCCUAAAAGGGGAGCAUUGUGAGUUUUCCCAUCAAUGGAAGCACCCACCUAACAAUAUUUGCACGUUCUACCAGAAAGGAAACUGCUUUUAUGGUAGUCGGUGCAGAUAUGAACAUGUUAAGGCUUCUCAAUCAGAUCCAUCUGCUUCGUCUUCAUCAACAGCACCUCAACAAUCUACAUUAUCAGAUACUAUGCCUUUAACUCCUUCAAAAACUGCAUUUGUUGGGUCGGUUGUACCUCCAGCUGCUUCUAAUAAGGUUCCUGGUUCCAGUAGAGCUUGCCUUGCUCCCUUCAAACAACCAUGCGAUUUGGAAUCUGGGCCUCAAGAUCCAUCAGACAAUGGUGAAUCUAUGGAGCCUAGGAGCACUAAUCCGGUUGAACGUUCUAUCUGCUCAUUUGCUGUAGCUGGAAAUUGUCCCCGUGGAGAAAAAUGUCCUCAUAUUCAUGGAGACUUGUGUCCCACCUGUGAGAAACAUUGUUUGCAUCCUUUUAGACCUGAAGAAAGGGAGGAACAUAUAAAAAUGUGUAAGAAAAAGAAAAAAUACCUUGAUGCAUUGAAGCAUAGUCAAGAAAUAGAGUGUAGUGUGUGCUUGGAUCGUGUUCUCUCGAAGCCCACAGCAGCUGAACGUAAGUUUGGGUUGCUUUCAGAAUGUGAUCAUCCAUUUUGCAUAUCUUGCAUUAGAAAUUGGCGUAGCAGUUCUCCUUCGUCUGGAAUGGAUGUCAAUACUGCCUUGAGGGCUUGCCCAAUCUGCCGCAAGCUAUCAUACUUUGUCAUUCCAAGUGUCAUUUGGUAUUGGACUCCAGAAGAAAAGCAGCGAAUUCUAGAUGGCUAUAAGGCAAAAUUGAGGACAAUAAAUUGCAAGCACUUCAACUUUGGAAACGGGAACUGUCCUUUUGGUAAUAGUUGUUUUUACAAGCAUGCAUAUCGAGAUGGUCAAUUGGAGGAAGUGGCUUUACGCCAUCUUAGAGCUGAAGAUGGGCGCACUAUAAUAACUAAGAAUAUUAGAUUGUCAAACUUUCUUAGUGACUAUGUGCAUUAAUGUUCACAACAUUUAUUAGAGUGAUAUCUAAAUAAUGCAAGGACCUAUAUGCAGCUUUGAUGAAAAAGUUUCUUGCUUCAGUUUCUACUGUUGCUCUCCAUAUCAAAAGUAUUGCUGAUACAAGAAACCAAGGUUGGAGUCAUGGGAGUAUGCGGGGCUAUGCAAUAUAAGUUGCAUCUUAUGAUGAUGGAUAGAUAAUACAAAUAUAUGUUGAAGGUAGGGAAUGGAAUGUGUAUAGUACCCAUUGGUGAUUAAUUUGAAUAAUGGAUGCGAGUGACAGUGGCAGUGAAAAUGCUGUAUGCUUCCCUAAUCAAGUGAGACACUUAGAGCUGUAUAUUGGGUGAGGUCUCUUCUCUCUGGCAGUGCUAUAAAGAUAAAGAGUGAGAGAGAGCAACAACAACAGCAGCGUUGAGGUUGUUUGUUGAAAUAUCAGGGUUCCUAUGCUUUGAUACUGUAUCUAUAAUGUGCUGGAUAGUGUGUACACAAUGUCUUGUGAUAUGAAUACAUACUAUACAUGGGACCAAUACCUUAUACUAUAAUAAAUCAAUAAAAUAAUUUUUUUUUUUAA